UACCAAAACAGAUCCGAAAUCGCGUGUUAUCCGCGUUGUUCGCGAAUAUAUUAUUUGUCUAAUGAGAAUUAUAUUCAUAAAAUAUUACAAUGAAUCUUUUACCAAAAAGCCACAAGGAGUUCAGCGAAAAAGACUAUUGGAACAAGUUCUUCAAAAAACGAGGCAACAAAGCAUUUGAAUGGUACGGCGAAUAUCUAGAACUAUGCGCACACCUUCAUAAAUACAUAAAACCGAAGGAUACAAUACUUAUUACCGGUUGUGGUAACUCGAGCUUAAGCGCCGAUCUGUACGAUGUUGGCUACGCAAAUAUCACAAAUAUUGAUGUUUCCGAGGUGGUCAUUAAGCAGAUGAAUGCGACAAACUCUCACAGAACUAACAUGAAGUUCAUUUACAUGGAUGCCUUGAAGAUGACUUUUGAAAAUGAUAGUUUUAAUGUAGUUCUUGAUAAGGGUACUCUCGACGCGUUAAUGCCUGAUGAUACGCCUGAGACCAACGAACGGAUAGACAAAUACUUUGCUGAAAUCAAAAGGGUAUUAAAACUUGGUGGGAGGUUUUUAUGUAUAUCAUUGCUGCAGAGUCAUAUCCUAUCUAAACUAGUGUCUACAUUCUGCGAUAAGUCGUGGAUGUUCAGAGUAGUGAGGUGUCAUGAGGCCGAGGAGAAGAAUGCAGAGAACGGUGAUGGAACCACUCUGCCGGUGUUUGUUGUUGUCGCCACUAAGUUUAAAGAAAUGCCUAAAUUGAUUCUAGAAGCGUGUAUGGCCGGUGAUAAGAUGUUGCGAGUGGAGACUGCACAGGAGUUGAAAGACUGUGUCAAGUCAGUACAGGACACCGCAUUCAUCACUAACGGACUAGCCAAGACCAGUAUUGAAGGUGACAAUGAGGUUUCACUAGACCUGAUGCAGCCCGGAGAAGCGAAUCCUCGCUACACCCUGUAUGUGGUCGACCAGAAGAAAGCUCAGGCCAUCAACAAAUAUGCCGUCUUCAUUGUUCCACAGGGCAGAGAAUCGGAGUGGCUAUUCGGCACAGCGGCGGGCCGUCGACAGCUGCAAGACUCGGCGAGAUUCGGUCGUUUGGUUGUCGCCGUGCUGCGACGUGGUCACCAGUUUGACAGUCUCGACGCUGUGAAAGAAGAGCUUACACACCCAGCCAAAAUGCUGAUACCUUAUGGGUUUACUGGACAGAUCCCGUUCCUCUCUCUGGGUAGCGACGUGGGUCGUCGUGUGAAGGUGUUCGAGGGCUCGUCUAUGGUGUCCGGCGGGUUCGUGGUGGAGGAUGUGGCAGUGGAGGGGGCCACGCAUCGCCGGCUUGUGUUCCUGCACAACCAGUUCCUCGUACAGUCCGAGGCAAGGCUCAAGACUGUAAAAAGAAAGAAUAAGUCGAAACAAGUGGUGGACUUCGGCUUCAUAUCGCAUUAUCACGCGUUCAUGUGCGCGGGAGUGCAUCUGUCUCGCUCACACGCGGGGGCGCAUGCAGAGCAGCUGUCUCGCUCACACGCGCCGGUAGCUGUGCUGGGGCUGGGCGGCGGCAGCCUCUGUAUGUUCCUUAGGAAGUGCUAUGAUGAUCUCAAGAUAGUGGCAGUAGAUUUGGACCCGGCGAUGUUAGAGGUGGCCAAGGACCACUUCGAGUUGCAAGUAGACGACCAACUGGAGGUGCAGAUCAAAGAUGGCGUCGACUUCUUGAGUGAUGAAGCUGCUAACGGUAACCAGUACACGGCGGUGAUGUUCGACAUGGACAGCAAGGACAGCUCUCUCGGCCUCUCGUGCCCUCCCAAACAGUUCUUAGACAACGACGUGCUGGACAACGUCAAGAGGAUACUUACUAAAGGCGGCCACUUCAUCCUCAACCUGGUCUGCCGCGACACCCAGCUGCACGACUCCAUUAUACAAACCCUCAAACAACACUUCAAGCACAUCGUCACCAUGAAACUGUACGAAGAAGUCAACGAAACAGUCUUCGCUACUAACGGCGAAACUUCAUACACUACAGAUCUAUUAGAAGAGGCAGCCAAAGGUUUAAAUACUCUAGCCAGACAGAAGAAAUUAGUAGACAUCAGAUGUGUAGAUUUGAAAGAUUUUCUGCAAUCUGCCACUGUUCUUUCAUAGUGGAAACCGAGGACCUCUGGCCAUAGAAGAAUAAUAAAUACUACGUACGGUCACGAGCAUUAAUAUGUAUACACUUUGGUACCAUGUCACAUUAACUUUUUUGACAAAUUGAACUGCAAGUCUCACUAAAUGUCAAAUUUGUUAGUGCGACAGGGUUCUAAAGUGGGUACAUCAUAUUGCUCAUGACUGUACAGAAUGGUAACCUCCGCCCCGCACCGACCUCCCUGUGAGUCUUAUUUUAGUCUUAAAUGGCCGUCAGCCGCUAAGGAGUAAAGGGGAGCGCGCGCGUUGUCUGUCUCGCUCGCACUUACGCGUCAGGCGGCACACGCUAAGAAUCAUGGUAUAAGACUAGGUAUGCUCAAUCCUAUGACAAGCCGCCAUUGCUAGCCCUUGAUGACAUAAGUGUUACCAUUAAAUUGGUAUCUCUGACAUUUCAGACGUAAAUUUUAUUAUUGAAAAUUAAGUGAAUUACUGACUAAUGUAUUUAAUUACUAUUACUUGUCACAUAUAAUGAAAAUGGUCAAAACUGUACGUAAUAAUUUCCUUGCAAGGUACUUUAAAAACAUUGGUCGUGGGUAAUUUAUUUUUUGCGAAAUGGCAACGUAGCGAUGACGUCAGCUGGGCUAACCUUGAAAUGCUAGCUGUCACUUUUGAGCAUACCUAGUUUUCUUAUACAAUGCUAAGAAUGAGAUUUUUGUACGGAGUGUCUUGUGUGUCCUCUAGCUUAGUGCCUGAGGCUAUUAAAUGGUUGCGCAAGCUGGAUGUAGAUUUGUAAAGCCUAGUGUAAUUUAUAUCAUACGAUUAAAUAAUAAAUAGUGGUAAGAUUAGUUGAUCAAUUAAGUUGAUUUGUAUAUUUAUGUAACAGCCUCUGUGGUCUAGUGGUUAGAGCGUUAGGCUCAAGAUCUGGAGGUCCGGGUUCGAUUCCCGAUGGGGACAUUGUCGAAAUCACUUUGUGAGACUGUCCUUUGUUUG